CUCGGCCCUGGCCGAGCACCGCCGGGGCCACGGGCGAGCGGCCGGAGCCGCCGGUAGCCACGGGCAACGAGAGCGGGAACCCAGCGGGGGCGGCCGGCGGGAGCUCGGCGUCGGUGGCCACCGCGAUGGACAAAGAGGCGAGCGCGGCGAUGGACAAAGGGGCGACCGCAGCGGUGGCCAGCGCGAUGUCACCGCGGGCCAGCGGAUCCCCGGGGGCGAUGGCCAAAGGGGCGAGCGCGCCCACGGCCGGUCGGUCCCCGGGGGCGAUGGCCAAGGGCUCGGCGAGGACCAGCAGGACGUCAGCGAUGGCCAGCGGCUCGCCGAUGUGGCCGGGGACCAGCAGGACGUCAGCGAUGGCGAGCGAGGCCCCGCGCUCGCCCAGCGCUCCCUGGCGUGCCUGGAGUGCGGGAAAACGUUCGGGCUGAGCUCUCACCUGCAGCGGCACCGCCGAGCCCACAAGGCCGCUUUGGUCGCCAAAUGUCGCGACUGCGGCCGGGCCGUGGCUCCCCCGGGCCAGCGACCGUUCAAGUGCGUGGACUGCGGCAAGAGCUUCACUCGCCCGCCCAAAAAAGAGUCGCCAACUCCCAACCCGCCCGUCAAACCGCGCAAACCCCGCCGCGCUAGCCCGGCCGGCGGUUCCGCUAGCCACCGAACGGCCUCGCUGGCCAUCCCCAACACGUGCGGCGAGUGCUGGCAAAGCUUCAGCCAGAGCUCGGACCUGGUGAAGCACCUGCGCAUCCACACGGGCGAGAAGCCGUACGCGUGUGGCCACUGCGGCAAACGCUUCAACGUCAGCUCCAACCUCAUCCGCCACCGGCGCAUCCACACGGGCGAGAAGCCGUACGCGUGUGGCGAGUGCGGCAAACGCUUCACGGAUAAAUCCACGCUCACCCAGCACCGGCGGAUCCACACCGGGGAGCGCCCGUUCCGCUGCGGCCUCUGCGGGAAAAGUUUCAGCCGCAGCUCCCAUCACAAACGGCAUCAGAGAACGCACGGAGGGGCCACCUCCGAGCCGGCCCCGCUCGCCACCGGCACCGCGGAACCGCUCUGGCCUUACCCGGGUCACGCGUGUUGA